CAGAUUGACGUUGACAGCAUCGACGUUGACAAAAAUAAAAAACGCCAAACGCAAAAGUCAAAUCGUUUUAUGAUUUUCGUUCGAUCAGUGUUUCUCCCGUCCGUUCUUUCUAAAAUGUUUCUAAAUCACUGUCCCAAUUAUUAAAAAUAUGUUUUUCUUUUACGGAUUAUAUUUAUAGCUUUAAAAAGGCAUAAUAUCAUUCAACACUGUGUACUUUUUUAUUAUAUCUGUACGUACAGUGAUAGGUUAUAAACCGCUUGGAAAGUACACGUAUGCAUAUUUCUUCGCUGGAGUUUUUGUUGAUAUCUUGUGAUAUUUCCUGAAAUGACGUGAAAAAGUUCGUGGCACAUAAUAAUUGAAUCAUAAUGCUACCCAUAACCCAAAAGGACACUCGUAUGUCCCGUGGCCCACUGGGCGGGAUAAAAGAAAAGUUCCAAAAUUGGUUGAGACUAAUUUAUUCGGACAAAAAUUCCAGGAAUUUGUUCCUCUUUCUCAUCCUCAACUUAUCUUUUGCGUUUGUUGAACUUUUCUAUGGAGUCUGGACAAAUAGUUUAGGUCUGAUCUCGGAUGCAUUCCACAUGUUUUUCGACUGCACUGGUCUUGUGGCUGGUCUUGCAGCGUCCCUAGUUUCCAAGUGGAGAGCAAAUGAGCGCUUCUCGUACGGCUAUGCUCGGGCUGAAGUGUUAGCUGGAUUUGUUAAUGGAUUGUUUCUGUUAUUUAUUGCAUUUUUCAUUAUGAGCGAAGCUGUGGAGAGAGCUAUUGAACCACCUGAGGUAAAACACGAGCGGCUGCUUCUCGUGUCCAUUAUGGGUUUUUUGGUCAACCUAGUGGGGAUAUACGCCUUCCACCACGGCCACGGGCACGGGCACGGCGGGCACGGUCACAGUCACAGCCACGGACACUCCCACAACAAUGUCCACGGCCACAGCCACGACGAAAUCGAGGCUCCGACAGGUGCCGGCUCCGCCAUCAUGAGAGGUGUCUUCUUACAUGUGCUAGCUGACACUUUGGGAUCAGUCGGUGUCAUCAUCUCAGCUAUACUCAUGAAGACAUUCGGCUGGAUGCGAGCAGACCCCAUCUGCUCCAUGGCCAUAGCGUUACUUAUAGCUGCCAGUGUGUUACCGUUAGUGAAAGAUUCAGCCGGUGUUCUCAUGCAACGGACUCCAACGAGUAUAGAACGAGUGUUACCGAACUUGUACACGCGAGUGGUCGGUCUUGCUGGCGUGCACGCCGUCCAGGAGCCGCACUUCUGGACGCUCUGCAGUGACGUGCACGUCGGCGCCAUCAAACUAGAAGUAGCGAGGGAAGUCGACCCUAGAUACGUCACAGAACAAACUGCAAGGAUUUUCAGGGAAGCGGGCGUCAAACAUUUGACGGUACAAUUAGACUAUUUCCCGCUUUGAUUGAAUCCGAAAUCGAUAUCACAAAUGUACAGCAAAGUUUAUUGUAUAUAAGUUAUUAGUGCGAUUGUGUUUGAAUCAGACUUCAAUGUGAUAUUAUGUACUCAGGUCAUUUUGAUUUCAUUGUAUUUAUGUAUUUCGAACCCGCCCCGGCUUUGACAUGUUGUGUUUUGGAGCGAUGAAAUAUUAAUGAGAUAACGUCUGAGCCAAAACAUUGUUACAUGGUUUUCAAAUAUCAAAAUAUAUUACCUGUAUAUCUAAUAGUAGAUAAAUGUGAAUAGAAUCGAUUACAAAUCAUUACAGAUUUUCCACAUUGUGUGGUAACAUAAAUAGAACAUGUAUUUUAAAUAACACACACAACCGUGCAAUGUGCUUUCUUCCUGGCUAUACAUAUAUACUUCUAUAUAGGUACAUAUUGUUGUAUUCACAUCAUAGUUGUCAUGGAGAGAAAAUGGCGAUAGUGAAAAACUAUAAUUCCAUAUUCAUGGAAGUAUCAUGUAAUUACGUCCUGCAUAUGGCUGUUAUAGUGUUCUUCUCAUAAUCUUUAUUUCUACAAGAUUUACUUUAAUUUAAGAAUUAGUCUAUAAUCGAUAGCGCCACCUAUGCUAUACGUAUAUCCGGGCAGGAAGUACAGAAACAAUAAAAUAAAUUCUGAAUUAAGUUCGAUGAGGGGUAUGAUUGCAAUUUUUCCUAGAAAAAUCUUGUGAAGAACUUUUGUAUGUUAUUAAAUUUUUUUAUAUGACUAGUUUUUUGUAUGUUACAAUAUUUUUUUAGCUUUCUAUUAUGUUAUCUGUGUAAAAUAUCUGCAUUUCAUUCAUGCAAAUAAAAUUUUUAGUAUUAUCAAAUAAAAUACAAUGUUUUUAUGUAUAACAUUCCGUAUGAUUUAUUCCUUUAUAAGAAAAUAGAAUUUUUAUGUUUUAUAUAUAAGUAUUUAGUGUAUAACUGAGGAAGCGUGUGCGUUAUUAAAGCCUUAAAAAUUUCUAAGAAAAUAAAUGAAAGGCAUAAAAUUAAAA